AUGCCUAUUUCAUUGCCUAAUAACAUCUUCGAACUUCGAAACGAAGCAUUUUUACAAGUAGUCAAAGAACAGUGUGGAACUACAAUGGUGGAUAUUUUUACUUAUCUGGAAAUCAAUUCGGCCGACUCACUUCUUGAUAUAAAAGAUUUAUUUGCAUUUUUUCAUUACGAUUCACCUGAUCUUCUACCAAUGAAAACUAAAAUUGGAAUUAUGUUAAGGAAUGGAAAAUUCGUUAUAAAGGAAGGACUUUUGUUUCAAGCUAAUUCUUUUAUUCAAAAAUUAAAAGCACUAAAACAAGCAAAUAUGUCGAUUAUGGAUAAUCUAACCAUUCCUUCUACUCUUCUUCAACAACAUCCUGCACUUCGAUUAAUUCUACGAUUUUUUGAAGAUUCUCCAUUACAUUCAAAUGAUUUUUUGGUUCAAUUCAAACAUCUAGUGAUACAAACAAUUAUGUCGAAUCACCAUCGUGCGCGAUCUCGAUACAGUUACUCUGAUUCUAUACGAGAAUUUGCAUCAUGUUUAUUUAUUCUUGGUGGUCGAAACUUGUAUGAAUUCAUUCGUUUAAAUGUAACUGGUCUUCUACCAUCUCUACCUGUUAUUGAAACAUUGCUUGAUUCCACAGAAAAUCGUAUCAUAGAGGCGGAAUUUAGAUAUUCACUUAUGUUCGAUUAUCUUUCAUUACAUAAUACAAACUUUAUCUUCGUAUCUGAAGACUGUACAUCCAUAAUUCCACGUAUAAUGUAUUGUGCUAAAUUGGAUACAUUUAUUGGAUUUACGCCUCGACUCGAUUAUGGUUUGCCUCAAAUUAAUUCGUUUUCCACUGACUCUUUCAUUGAACUUGAAGAAUGGUUUGAUACAUUAACAAAGUCGAAUCUUCUUAACGUUUGUAUGGUUCAACCAAUUAAUUCAAAUUCUGCUGCCUGUUCGCCAUUCGUAUUAUCUGCAUUUGGAGCUGACAACAAGUUCAAUACACAGGAUAUUUUAAUGCGAUGGAUGAGUAUCGUCAACCAUUGCGAUAAAGAAAAAAUAAAAGUUGUGGGCUUUUCGACCGACUGCGAUUCUCGAUAUUUAAGAUGUAUGCGCUUGUUGAUGGGAUUUUUUGCCGACAUGCCAAACCAACAAUUUCAUUCACGUGACAAAGCUUUUGACAUUGAUUUGCCAAUAGGUUGGGAUUGGUUUUUCAUGAGAAGUCGCCAACGUCUCGUAUUCAUACAGGAUGGUAUUCAUUUAUGCACAAAACUGAGGAAUAGACUGUUAUCUUCGAAAGCUACUAUGUUAUUUGGAGAAGAACUGAUCGAUGUUAAUCAUCUGAUUCAACUAAUCAAUUCAUCAUCAAAGUUAAAUCAUAAUCUGGUCAAAUCCGAUGUUUUACCAAAGGAUAGACAGAAUUUCGCCUCGUGCGAAAAAAUAUCCAAUGAAAGUGUACUUACUGAACUUGCGUCGGUACCAAAAUCUAAAGGAACUCAAAUUUAUCUUGAGAUAAUUCGUAAUGUACGAUUUGCGUUUGUAAAGAAGGAAACAUUCUACAUCGAUAGAAUUCAAUAUGCAUGGAGAUCUGUUUUUCUCAUUCGAUUUUGGUACGUUUGGUUAAGCAGAAAAACAAAAAACGAACUUGAUGCAAUUCUUCUUGGUCGAUUCUCACUACGUAAAUGUCAAGAAAAGAAUACAAAGCAACAGUACUUCAUUACUUUACCAGCAAUGUUUUCUAUCGAAAUUAAUAGCCAUACGCUGGUUUAUUUAGCUUUACUUUCCAUUCAACAGUAUCUGCCAGUAGAAUGUUUGAACAUAAGUUCGCUAAACUCACAAGUAUGUGAGUCUACAUUCAGAUUAUGUCGAUCAAUGUCUGGAUCGUUUUCUUCGAUAAUCAAUUUCACUGUGCAUCAAUUUUUACAACGAGUGAAAAAGCUCUCGUAUUUAAAUUCGAUCAAAUGUCGAGCUAUUAGUAACAAUGAUUCAAAAAACGCAUUUUUGUUCCCGCGUCAUCAUAAACAAUCUAAGAUUAACAAUUCCGAGGCGAUAUCUCUUUCAACAGAAACGACUUUAACAAUGCUCACACGUGAAGCAAUCGAAAAAACAAUUUUGGAAGCAUACUCGUAUGCCAGAGGUAUUGUAUCUGAAGUAGGCAUGUAUGAAAAGCACGAAAUUUCAACUUUGAAAAAUAUGUCUCAUUUGGCUCGCAUUCAACUUCAAAAAUCGCGAAUAGCUGAUUAUGCUCAUCUUAACGAACACGAUCCGGACUUCGACUUUGAUUCAGACGACAGUAGCUGUGAUGAAGUGGAGAAUAUCGAUGGAAGUGACACAGAUCAUGAUGACUCAACCAAUGAGGACGAUGAUAAUUAUUUGUCUGAUGACUUUUCGAAUGUUAGUCGACCGACAUUCCAUGGCAUGCGCAUACUUGAUUCUAUUAAACCAGAUCAAGGUGCAUCGUACUUUAAGGUGAAUAUCAAUGGAACUAAUAAAUAUUUACACAAACAAACGGCCGUUUGGACAUUAUUAGGCAUGUGA